AUGCAUCGGUCGUCGCGCAGGAUAAUCAGGACCGCGCUGCCCAUUGCAUCGAGCGGGGAUUGUCACAAAGAUUGGGUGUUCGAUCUUCGAUGGAUUGACGAUUCCCACCUGGCUUCGUGUUCACGAGAUUCCUCUUUGGCGUUAUGGCGUAUUCCAUCCUAUGACUGUGAUGACGGGCGUUGGACUCCUAAUUACGGCUCGAGUAUUCAUCUAGCUGCCGGUUCGAGUCGUCUAAUACCGACAAUCACCAAACCCGUGGCGCAUGUGGUUUCCGCAAUCCCGGACGAUCGAUUUCGCGCAGUCGAGCAUGUGUCCCCUUUUCAUUUGUUGGCUGUGGUAUCUAUGUCUCGUCGCCUGUACAUGUACGAUGCCGUGCGUAUUGGAUCGGACAGUAAAACUCGGCCAGUUUUUACCUUAGCACUUCGAGAUGCAUAUCAAGUAAGAAUCAUUUAUUUAGCUCAAUUGACGGGCUCGUGA